ACUGGAUAAACAAUCUGAAAACGUUUUUUUUUAUUAUUUAACAGUUGCAAUUCCAAAACUGAAUUAAUAAAUGUACUCAUUUUUUUCAAAGACUUUUCUUUUCUGUUCUAAAAUCUUGUUGAUUCUUUGCCUACGUUUUUUUUUUAAUGAAGACUCAGCCCACCAGGAAGUAAAACGCUCUUCCACAACACUUUCAGUUUUAUCGACAUGUUAAAAAGUUAGUUAAACAAAGCUGUAGUUCCUCACCAAGCUUUUAAUUUUCAGUCUUUGUUUACAGAAUGUAACUAUCCAAAGGUAACAGAUCAGCUCCUUGCUCUUUUAAUGCACAGUGGCAGGCUUUUGAAAAGCACACAAGUCAAGAAUGGAAGAACAUGAGCAAAGCCGCCUGGAAGAACUGCUGACCUGUCCAGUGUGUCAGGACAUCUUCAGUGACCCCCGGCAGCUCCCCUGUGGUCACAGCAUGUGUCUGAGCUGCCUGAACAACCUGCUGGAUCACUCCUCUGAUUCUCCCUUACGCUGCCCAGACUGCAGGGCACAAUUCAGAGAGGUAGUUGAUGUACAAAGAAGCUACGCCCUGGCACACAUUUCAGAGGACUACAAGUUGUGCAAGAGCAGAAGGGAAACACUGGCAAAAAAAGUGUACUGUGACUGCUGCUCAGAAUCCAAAACUCUGGCUUUUAAAACGUGUCUGAAAUGUGAGGUGUCUAUGUGCAAAGAGCAUGUGAGGAACCACCUGGAGCUCCCUGCGUUCACAGGGCACCCGCUGGUUGGCCCGCUGAGUGACCUUGCCGAAAGGAAAUGUCCACAGCACGAGGACGAGGUGCUGAGGUACUACUGCAACUCCUCGAGACGUUACAUCUGUAACAUCUGUGCUCUGGACAGCAAGCACCUCCGUAUGGACUCUGAGAAGUCCUCUGUCCUCCAACGACAGCUGACAGACUAUUUAAACCAAGAAUUCAAAACGCUUAUCGAACACGUUGCAGAAUCCGCUGGAGCUGUUAGCAGACUGCAAGAAGACUUUCAGUACUACAGACGGCGCCCUCCUGAUCUACGAGUCAACGGAGUCACCUUCAUCCUGCUCUUCCUUUGGUUUAUAGUCCUGUAUUAUGCUUACAACUACUCUGUGGAAAACCAGAUGUUAACAGAGGCGCUGGAAAAGCAAUGCCCUAAGACUCCAUCAGAAACACUGUAGCCGACUGGGACACUGAAGAGGCGUUGGAUUGAUGUCUAGAAGAAAACUUUCUCCUGUCAUCUAUUGGUCCAAUAUCUUAAAAUGUCCUUCUUUUAGCUUUUAUUUAAACAUUUCAAUUCCCAGCAGAACGUAUUUUUAAUAAACUUUGUUUGACUAGACAGAGUAACAAGUGAAAUGGAUGUGUGAAGUGAUUAAAUCCAAGUUGGAAAAAAAAA